AUGGAUUAACAAUUAGAAUAAGUAGGCGUGGAUAUUUAGAAAAUUGUUUACAAAAAAGCAAUGUUACAUGCUUGCAAAUAUUCAACUGAAGACGUAAUUGGAAUUCUGAUUGGUUAAAUUAAUGAUACGCAUGUUAAUAUUGUGGAUGCCUAUCCUUUAUUCCAUUCUAGAGUCAGUCUAAAUACAUUGGAAGUAUCCUUAGAUAUUAUAUCAAGUGAAUUGCAAAGUGAUAGAAAGAUUAUUGGAGUAUACGAAGCAAGAGCAAAUGCUAGAGGAAUUAUGAGUGAAAUAGCUAAGGAAAUGCUACACAAUAUUAAUUAAAAAUAAGCAAUUGUGUUGAGAAUUUCAUAAGUUGAGGUGGAUGAUGCUCCCAUUUUGAAUGCUAAAAUUGUUUCAUUGAAUGAAAAUGUUAAAUAUGUCAUUAAUUCAUCAAGUACCUUGGAAUGGUGGGUUAUUUAGGAUUGCUUAAAGGCUGGUCUUCAUUGGAAAAUUAUAGAUUUUGAUGCUCAUUUUGAGAAUGUGUAAUUAAAUUUCAGAAAUCAGUAUUUAGAAUGA